GACCUCUUCGCUCUCCCACUCUUGUCAUCCAGGCGGCGGCGGCGCGGUAGGAGAAGGAGGAGGAGCAGCAGCAGCAGCAGGCGGCGCCGAAGAGCAGCUACCCACCCCCAACCCGCAACCAUGGCUAGGGGAUUGAAGAAGCAUCUGAAGAGGCUCAAUGCGCCGAAGCAUUGGAUGUUGGACAAACUUGGUGGAGCUUUUGCCCCCAAACCAUCUUCUGGUCCUCACAAGUCCAGGGAGUGCCUUCCCCUCAUCCUCAUCAUCAGGAACAGGCUCAAGUAUGCUCUGACUUACCGUGAGGUUAUUUCUAUCCUGAUGCAACGCCAUGUCUUGGUUGAUGGCAAGGUCAGGACUGACAAGACCUACCCAGCAGGGUUCAUGGAUGUCAUUUCUAUUCCCAAGACCAAUGAGAACUACAGGCUUCUGUACGACACUAAGGGUCGCUUCCGUCUUCACCCCAUCAGGGAUGAGGAUGCCAAGUUCAAGCUCUGCAAGGUUAGGUCUGUUCAGUUUGGCCAGAAGGGCAUUCCCUACCUGAACACUUAUGAUGGUCGCACCAUCCGCUACCCUGACCCACUCAUCAAGGCCAACGACACCAUCAAGAUCGACCUUGAGACCAACAAGAUUGUUGACUUCAUCAAGUUUGAUGUUGGCAACGUUGUCAUGGUGACUGGUGGAAGGAACACUGGGCGUGUUGGUGUGAUCAAAAACAGGGAGAAGCAUAAGGGCAGCUUCGAGACCAUCCAUGUUGAGGAUGCCCUAGGCCACCAGUUUGCCACCCGUCUGGGCAAUGUGUUCACCAUCGGCAAGGGCAACAAGCCGUGGGUGAGCCUGCCCAAGGGCAAGGGUAUCAAGCUCAGCAUCAUCGAGGAGCAGCGGAAGCGGGAUGCCGCUGCCCAGGCUGCUGCCAACGCAUAAAAUCCUCAGAAUGUGCUUUGAGUUUUGCUAUAGCGAGUUUAUCUGCAAGGAUAUAGAACUACCCAGACUAUCCUGUUUUAAGUUUUGCCCUAUGGUUGUUGAUUCGCGAACUGAUGUUUGCAGUUAGCUGUAAUGCGACUAUUUACUUAUUGAAGUGCGUUUUCGAGAACAUGUCUUUCUGUUUUGUUUACCCGGGUUGCUCUUGAAUGUACCUGCAUGUGUAUCAUUGUGGUCUA